AUGUCCUCCUUACAAAAUGCUGGCAUGACAGAAGACACAAAGUACAGCAGUGAACAGUUACUUCUCAGAAACAAUUUUCAAAGUGACCAGCCCCUCGGCUCGGGCUGCUAUCAACGCAACCCUGCCUCUUCCGUCGGUCACGUUGUUUCCUCCGCUUGGAAGGACCUCUUUCCUCUCCGGGCCCUUCCCAGCGGUUGGGGAACUCCUACACAGCCCAAGCGCCUCCGCUUCCAGCCACCCUCGCCUCCCACCACCCCUGCUCUGGGACCGAACCCGGCCUCGAAAUCCAGCAGCAAGCGUCCGUCCUCCUGGCCGCAGCCCCUACCCCCUCCCCGCUGGCCUCCCCACCCGCCACCUGGCUUCGCAGCGGCCGUUCGGGAAGCCCUCGGCACUUCCCAGAAUAGAGAGCAGCUGCCAACGUCAGGCUGCCGCCCGCCGCGGGGUUCCGGGCGCACGGGGUGCGGGCGGAGGGGACGUGACUACGCUCUGGCCUUCCGUCUCCCCCAACGGGCCGGGAAACUGAGGCCCAGGGCUGGCGGCAACUUCUCCAGGGUGCACAGUCCCGGGCCCCAGGCGUCCCGACCCCCGUCCGCGAUCCCUCGACCACACGCGCCGCCCGGUCGCCCCGGAGAGCCGGGCGAGGAGCGGGUCUCCGAGCGAGCGCUCCGCCCGGGACCGCGCAGGGCGCCAGACGCGGCCAACUCGCCGCGAAAGUUGUUGUCUCCCAGCCUGCCCUCGCCUCUCACCUCCGAGACACACCUUCUCGCGGGCCCUGGCAGCCGCACUCUCACAUCCGGUCCACCUUGCGCACACCCCUCUCCACGCUCUCUCACGGCCCCUCUCCCUCCCACGCCUGCAGCGGGCGGCCGCUCCCCCGCGCCCCCUCGUGCACUCCCACCCGCGGCCGGGGCGCGCCUUCCCCGCCCCGCCGCACGCCUGGCCUCCGCGCCGCGCCCGCCCGGGCUUCUGGCGCCCGGGAGCCCCAGCCCCGGGCCGCGACCCGCUUCCGCCCGCCCGGCGGGCGGCAGAAGCCAGGGUAGCCGCGCGGGGGGCGAGGGGCUCGGCUGCGCGGGGCGGGGAGGGGGCGCUCGCUCGCUCACUCUCGGCUGCGCACACGCCCGUACAAACUCUCACACAGACACACGCGGGGUGCGCUGCCGCCGCCCGCCGCUGCUCCUCCUCCCGCCACCGCCUUGA